GAAGGGUAUAUAAAGGUAUGAGCUGACACCGGCGUGGCCUCUGCAAACUUAACAUCACGUCAAGUCGGCUUGGAGAGGGGUCACUCCGGGGGUUUUUGGGUGUCAAGCGCCUCUCCCGUGAAGCUUUUUUUUCCACGCAUCCAAGCCAAAGACACGAGCGAGGAUACCGACAUGGUACAGCUGUCUCCUUCCCCUACCCUGGAUGUCUCCCCCCCACCUGAGCGCCUAGAGGAGGCUACCGACAGCCAGGAGAACCCAGAGACCGGUAGCCCAAAGAUGGGCUCUCCCGGUGGGCUGAGCGCUCUCCAGCUGAACCUGGAGGUCUCCACGUCCUACCAUGGCUAUGAGACCUACAUAGAGGACGGCCUCAUCUGCCUGAAACACAAGAUCCGCAACCUGGAGAAAAAGAAGCUGAAACUGGAAGACUACGAGAAGAGGUUGAAACGGGGCGCGAUGCUAAACAAAGAUCAGAUGGAGGCUGUGAGCAAAUACGACGAGGUGCUGCAUAACCUGGCCUUCGCACGGGAGCUGCACAAAACCCUGGACGGUUUGACUCAGAAUCUGCUGAGGGCCCAGAAGAAGGCUGCGAAGAAGGAGCAGGUGGUGAAGGUGGAGGCGGAGAGGAGGAGGCUGAGCACGGUGCUCCAGGUGCAGCACCUCCUCCACAGCCUGCAGCAGGAGCACGUCAGGAGGGACCUGCUGGCCGGACACAACCAGGCGCCGCACAUCCCGGCCCAGCAGCUUCACAGCCUCAUCCAGCUCGCCGCCCUGCUGGGAGUCAAGAGGGAUAACAGACUGAGUUUAGAAGAACAGAUGGAGCAGGCGGCUCUGGUCUACUUGGACCUGCUGGAGGGAAAAGACAAGCCGGUGGCUGGAUCGACAUUUAAGCUCAUGAAAGAGGAGCUCACCAGGCUGCUGGACUGCAAGUACUUCAGUUGUCUUCCACCUCCCCCAAAUAACACUCCAGACACGCUGCUGACGUCAACCAGCCACACUACUUUAUCAAUGUCAAAAACAAAUGAAGUUCCCAAAAAGGAGUUUUUCAACAGACUCUACCUGACUGACAUGGAGACUCCUCCCACUCAGAACUGGAAGGAGGAUUUCCAGGCCGUGAAGGAGCGGGAGCCCCCUGACUACUGGGAUAUGGAGUUCACCGACGGGCCCUCCUCCCCGCAACCUGGAGUCCACAAACCAUGGAGAGGAGCGGCGGCCUUCAUCCCCAAAGUCCCGGUCGCCAGCAAGAAACUCUCUGCUGACAGCAAACAGAGAAAAGAGAGGAAAGCCAAAGCAGAGCAGAAUGCCAAAUCGGCGGUCUACAUGGAAAUGCCGGUAGAGGUUUUCAACUCUCCAUCUGCCUUGCCCAAAGACCCCGUCCUGAGGAAGCAGCACCUCGAGGACCUGAUGACAAAGAUCCAUGGUUCCUUCAGUUUCAUGCAGGACUCUCUUCUGGAUGGUGAGAGCUCUCCCACUAACAACCACCCCAGACUGGGUAGACGGGCAUCUGGAUCUCCCUCCCCGCUCGCUCAGAGAGACUUGAGAAGCCCGGUCGAUGUCCUGUCCAAAGCAAUGCAUUCCACCCCGCUGCCCACCAGGCUUAUGGAGCGCAAAGCCAGUCUGACCAACGGGGACCAGUGUCUGGAGACCUGCGACCUGGAACUCACCACAGAAGACCUACCUCAUGAGCCACUGCAGUUGCCUGAAAGCGAGGCGUUUCCUUCGCCUCCGCUGUACCGCAGGGAGUCGGCCAUCUCUGUCAGCCUGGAGGAGAAGAGCCGUCCUCGGACCCCAGUAAGUGAUUCAGGGAAGCAGUCCCCCUGCAACAGCGUGGCACCGUGCAGCUCCACCCCUCCUCAGGGACAGGCUUUCUCCACACCCCCAACCAGGCGAACUCUCACCUCCACACAGUUUCAAAACAUUCACUCAGUCUUCAAGGUGAACACCUCCCUGCCACAAAACGGGGACUUGAACUACAAGUCAGACACCACGGUUUUCUCUGAGACCCGGUACAGCACUGCCAGCACCCAAACGCCGCCCGAGUUUGCCCCCUCAGAAGACGAAGCACAGCCAGUCUACCAGUCUGAUUAUACAGUGGGUAACGGUGGACAGAUCUUCCUGUCCCCCGGCCAAUCGGGCGGAGGCGUGGGUCGCUCUGGCCAGUCGUACUACACCAGAGGAUCUGUGAGAGGAGGAGCCUUCAUCCCCCAGACUCAUCUCAGGGACUCUGGCCCUCUGCUGUAUGCUGCAAGGGACUCUGGAUACCAGCACGGCUACAGACGUGGAGGCAGCGGAGGAGGGAGGCAUAACUCCAGUGCAGGAUGGAGUGACUCGUCCCAGGUGAGCAGCCCUGACCGCGAGGGAACCUUCACCAUUGUGGACUCGGGACACGGGGACUCCCUUUCUGUCUCCACCCUGGAGGUCCCUCUCACCCCCCACGGCCACCACCACACCACCCUGCUGCCCAUGCAACUGUACCCGCUGUCCCAGCCUCUGCGAGUGGCGUUCACCGCCUCUCGCACCGCCAACUUUGCUCCGGGCAACCUGGACCAGCCGAUCGUGUUCGACCAGCUGCACAGCAACCUGGGGGAAAUGUACGACACCCACAUCGGCCGCUUCACCUGCCCCGUCAACGGGACCUACGUCUUCAUCUUCCACAUCCUGAAGCUCGCCAUCAACGUGCCGCUUUACAUCAACCUGAUGCGCAACGAGGAGGUGAUGGUUUCAGCGUACGCCAACGACGGAGCCCCCGACCAUGAGACGGCAAGCAACCACGCCAUUCUGCCGCUCUUCCAAGGAGAUCAGGUGUGGCUCCGGCUGCACCGUGGCGCCAUCUAUGGCAGCACCUGGAAGUACAGCACCUUCUCCGGCUUCCUCCUGUACCAGGACUGAGUGGCUGCCAGACAGGCAGCCCACUUUUGCCAGUGUGUGGACUGUUGCUUUGCACUAAAUGGUGAUUAACUGUGACAUUUCAAUAUCAUGUGGUCAGGCUGCAUGCCAGUGCCCUUUUCAUUAUCAAGCCCAUUUCAUGACAUACAAUGUGUUAAUGGACAUAUAGUAUGGAUUGUUUUUUCAAGCUGUAUUUGCAGCUCUCUACAUCUGAAAUGGGGGUUGUGAACGCUUGACAUCUACACCGAUGUACUAUUUCCCCAUGAAUGUGUGGUUUAUGAUUGUGGUGGUCAGGUGACUCCUUGUGACUGUGAAACUAAAACAACUGGGCCUCGAUCACGUGUCCAUCUUGCUGUUAAUUGUACUGUAGCAUAAACCCACACUGAUUCCACUGAGACCUCUGAUGCAAUGUUAUGAAUUUGUGCCUUUGUUUUCUGAAUGGCUUUUGAUGACUGACCAGAUUUUUUUGAAUGGCUACUGAAUUGAAUGAAUGGCUUAUUUAUGGGAUGAAUUGUAACCGACUUUACAAUCAGCACUUUGCUUGAUGCUAAUAUGCAUUCAGUCCUGCCUAACCGUGUGUGAAUGUGAAGUUUGUGGAGGAGAGAGAGAAUGUCUUCUUGGUGAUGGGUAUGGUGUUGAACACUUAAGGCCAAAUUGUUGCACUAACAGACUACUGUGGAAGAGAUGAAAGUGGUCCCUUGAUGUGCCUAAAUAAAAGAGAUGAGCAGUGAAGA